AUGGGAGCUCGGGGCUUAUGGAAUGUCCAUGUCGAUGGGAAGUGGUACCGCUUGUAUUACAAACCAACGGGGCGUAUAACUUCUCCAGACACACCUCUUACUCUGCAAACCAUUAGAAAGAUAGUCUCGGAGACUGCCAUCGAGGACUGGGAAUCAAUACCAUUUCCCUCACCACUCCAUAUUAACAUAGAUUAUGUAUACAACAUCGAUAAGGACCUAGGACUCGUGACGGUAACUCAAUGGACGGCCAUCAGCGGUGCACUUUACCGGUGGAUACGACAGGCAAAGCUUGCUGCAAUUGAAGAUUCCUCAAUCAGCACGCUAGAUGGUAUUCUUGUCGAUAACGAAGAUAUCUCUAAGCAGCAUCGCACACAGUAUACCGAAGCGGGACUAACAAUAUCACCAACGCUCAAGAUAAACAUCGCAAAGCCCACGUCUUUGACCGAGCUCCAACUUCGUCUGUUUACAGACUUCGUUUUCCUGUGGCGGUUCUAUCUUGAUGACCUACCGGCCUGGUCACAUGACGCGCUUCUUCGAAAGACCCUUGCUUUUGGCCUUCUGCGUAUUGCUGUGUGGGAUUUCGAAAUAAUAUCCGACACAGACACCGAAGGGAUCCUAGACGAGAUUAUAGAAGAGAUCCCAAUUGGACAAUACUCUGUCCCAAGGUGGUCGGCUCCAUCUGAGAACACCUUUUGGUUUCAUGGGUUUUUAGUCACUGUAUACAGUGCUUCAGACAUGCUGGAGAGGGCAGUCCAAGAUACUCAGCGAUAUCUGGAUAAGGAUCAGCGUAGAAGGCCUGUUAUCCAUGUGAUUUUAAUCUCUUUGGGUUAUGUUACUUUCGUCGAAAUGACUGGUACAGGGGUACAGUACUCGCCGACUAUACCUCUCGUCAUCAACACUUCGGCCACACAACCCUCACCUGGAUUUCGAGCUCUAACUUCUGUUCUAUCUUCACACUCUUGGAGAAUAAUUCACAAGGACAGAUGGGGGAUCCAUAUACCUAUAGAGAUUCUUGAUAGAAUACUCAAGGUCUUGGCACCUAAGGAUGUGAUUGCAUUUGCGCGAGCAUCCUCCGCAGUGGAUAGUUGGUAUUAUUCAUCUCUCCAUCAACUAGACAGGGUUCUUGUGCGGAGUUUCGAUCUCUCAAUCCCAUGCUGUGGAGAACGACAUAGAAUCAACGGAGGCGGCGUUUCCUGCUCAACCUGUUAUACAUGGUACCACAGGGAGUGUGCUGGUCUCAGCUCUGAAUCACAAGACGAUGGAUAUGUAUGUGCGGAGUGCCAACAAAACGGAACAAGGAACAUUCUGGAGGCCGGGGGUAUCUACAGAGCAUGCCGGAAGAUAGGACCGAAGCCCAGCUGCAAGGUGACUGUCGAUGGGGAGGCGAAAGUGCUUAACUUGCGCACGGCGAAGCCAGCGGCCCGUCGGCCGGAAAUGUUCCUCUAUAGAGGCCUGUCAGUUCCUCCCAACGAUCUCAAUCACACCAUCCGGUUCAAUCGCGUUUUCUCCGGUCUAGCAUACGGCCUUGACGAGGUAUGA